AUGAACGCACCGAAAAAGAUCUUGAUGCUGCAUGGAUACGCGCAGAACGCAAACAUAUUCAGCAAGCGGAUGGGCGCCCUGCGCAAAUCGUGCGGCAAGGACAUCGACUUUGUUUUCAUGAACGGCCCGCAUACACUCACACCGGCCGACCUCGCUGCGACGUUUGGUGCGUCUGCCGACGAGUCAUCUCUCGACGCGCUCGGUACCGCAGGGGCGUCGACCGAGUCAGAUCCGUCCCUCGCUCCGAGAGGGUGGUGGAUGACAGACCGUUCUAAGACUCAGACCAUUGGUCUUGAGGAGUCUAUUUUGGCGAUCCGAGACGUUCUCUUCAAGGAUCGCUAUGACGGUAUCUUCGGCUUCAGCGUUUUCUGCGUAGCAGCAGCAGGCUUUCGUCCAAGCAGCCCGCUGUGCGACACAAUCCUCCUGCCUAACUUCUCUACGCCCACCUUACACAUCGUCGGCCACACGGACGUCAUCGUCAUCCCAGAGCGCGCGCAAAAGCUUAUUGAUAUCAACUUGAACUCACGCAUUGAGUACCACGAUGGAGGACAUUUUAUCCCAUCGAAGGCCAACUGGCGUAACUUCCUUAAGGCAUAUCUCAAGGAUCCACUAGGCAACGUGCCUCCUCCGUCACCUCAUGGUCCGGGGGGCUCUCAGCCCACAUCCGGGACGGCUACCCCGUCGACUCCGGUAGCAUGA